CGUAUGUUAUACCUAAACGCUACGGAAUAAUACAAACGUAUUUAAUGCAUUGUUUUCAUUUUUAUUUUUUGAUAUUAACUUUAAUAUUGUGGUGAAGCAAUCUAAUUGAAAUUUAUAUGAUUUUAAGUAAGCAAGAACUUUAAAUGUGAUAUAUUGUUAAUAAAGUAAUUUUAAUAUAACCAACACGAUGUAUGUAAGAUGCUGAAAAUGCUCUAAUAUUUAGCAAAAAUGUUUACGUUUUAAUUUAGCAAACGUUAUUUUAGCAAUUCCUCCCUAUGUGAUAUUGAUAUGGAUGAUGACUGUAAAGAUUAUAAAAAAAACAAGCCACAACAGAAGCUGUAUAAACCUGGUAGUGGGCCUUUAAGACGAUCUAGGUAUGGUAUGGAUGCAAAAAUGGAUUCUUAUGAAUUAGAUAACGGUCCGAAAGGAAGAGAACAUUGCCACUAUGGAUCUCAGCAUUCUGUAAAUGGUGAAGAUGUCAAUACUUCAAGUAGAGAUACUGCAAAUAUUCGACAUAGAAAGCCUGAACAACAACUGUAUGUACCAAGGUCAGAAUAUUCAAGUUUUGAUGUUGACAAAGAGCCAAAAUCAUCUUUAAAGUGUGAAAGUUCUAGUCAAUAUAGUAAUAGACGAAUGCCCACUAAACAAGAUAAUGGCUCUACUGGUGCAGGGUUUUAUCCUAGAAAUACCCCGGGGAAAGAUUUUCAUCAGAAGGAUAGCCCAAUUGAAACUUCUAAUAGAAACCAAAGGCAAGGGUCAGAAGCCAGAUCAAUAUCACCCACUCAUCAAAAUUUGGAGAGGAAUAGAGAUAGCAGAAGUAUGGAGACAUGGGCAGGACGCCACAAAUCAGGGUCCGGUGCUAAGCCUCCCUCUGGGCGAAGAAAUUCAGCUGGUUUUCCAACUGAUGCUAGAUCGAAGCAAAUAAUUAAUUUAGACAAUAUACCACCUAGGUUUAGAAAAAAGUAUAAUUUAGAGCCAUCAGGACAUCAAAGCUUUGAUAGUGUAGACCAGUUAAACAAAGACCGAUAUAUUCACAACAAUAUGACACAGUCUGCAUAUAAUCCAGGUCAAUUUAAUAGCUCUCACAAUACAAACUGGUCCCAAACUUUGCCUUCAAGAGGAAGAGGACGUUUAAGAGAUCAUGAACACUUUGAUAAGGAGAAGUUUGUAAAUUCAUAUUUACAGAAUUAUGAUGUUACAAAUUCAAGAAGAUCUACUCCCAGUAACUCAUUCAUCAACUUAUAUGAACCAAAUAUAAUAGAGAAUAAAAGUGUUUGCGAAAAAUCAAACCCCUUCAUAAGUGAUUUAGAAAAACAAAAGAAUUUAUAUGAUAGUGCCUCAAAAAACGGAAUAAGCAAAUCAAAUACAAUGAAAAUUGAAUUAGAAAAUAGGAUUGAGAAAAGUGAAAACCAAAAUGACUCUGAACUGGUUUCACACAUAUCUGCAAAUCUUUCUGAUAUGACUAACUUGGAUUGGACAGAAGAGGUCGAAAAAAACAUUAAAUUUGAUGAUGCCUGUGAUACUUCUACCUCUUUUUCUCAAAGUUUAAAAUCGACUAAUGUUCAAGAAGUCAAACCAGUAGAGUCUCGUGAGUCUAAAAGAAAUGCACGAUCUCGCCGCAGAGACAGAAGGAGCACUAGCCGAGGACAGCAAAAUACGGAAAAGAAAGAUCGUAAUAGAAAGGAUAGUAAUAUUAGUGUACAGCAUGAGCUUGAACGUAAUAGAAAAGACAGCAAUGUCAGUAUACAACAAGACUCUGCGGCAUUUGCUCUCAAACAACGCGAAAGGGAAAGACGCGAUAGUCAUAGAAGCAAUCGCUCUUCAACUAUCGGAAACAGCAGAGAUGAUUUGGAUCGAUGGCGUUCAUUACGAUCUUAUAGCCGAGAACAAAGUUCUGAAAGGAAAAUAGUUUCUCAAUGCAACAGUAGAGACACCUCUACUAACCGUGUCGGAUGUUCUAAAGAUAGUGAUGGAUUUAAGAUGCCAAUACCUACCAGUAAAGCUGCUACAUGGUCGUCAGCUGCUCAGAAGAAAGGGGACCCGAAGUGGAACGGAGGUCGUACACCCAGUGUCGAGAGAAAACAGUCGCCGACACCGAGUGUUGUAAGUGGGGAGGCGGGUGAAAACCCUGGAGGGGGCACUGGCGGAGGGUCGGGAGGCGCCCGUCGCUCACGCAAGCGCGCCGGACGUCGUCGCCGGAAUCCGGAAAACAUGCAGCCCGUCCCACACCCAGCCGGGGCCACCCCCGCGCCUACCAAUGUCAACUGGCGGGAAGAAAUCCUGGAAUCCAAGAAACACCAUCAUGGUGAUCGACAGACGGAAUCAACACAUAAUAGAAAUAGACUAAACAGUGUUCUAUCGGAAAAAUCUGUAACCGAAUCUGGUUCGCAACCUGGACUUUUAAUUUUACCGCAAAGCUCAAUAUCUCAUUUACAUAAAGAACAGGGUCGCGGAGCAAAUGCUGAAUCGCAAAAAUCCUUAUUUGACCAUCAGAAUCCGUCGAAACCAAUAAUAGUACAAGCUAGCCCAACAAAACAAGACAUGAGAAUGGAGCGAGGUGCGAAGGAGUGCUCGAAUCGUGUGAACGUGGGGUCCGGCUAUGAGGGCUCGGAAGCGUCCCGGGGGGUGCGUCAUGUGGCCUUGAUGCAAAAAGUGGACCGUGCUGAUGCCAUUCUCAAGAUGCACACGCUGCGUGGCCCAAUUGCUCUCGCAGCCAAUUGGCCUGACGUCAUCGAGACCAGGAUUUUUUUACAAAGCGCACUUCAGAGGCUUUUAAUGUCAGACUUGAAGUACUGCCAGGCAGAUAACAUUGAGCACCAGUUUUGGAAAAUUUUGUACUACCACUUUAUUGAAUGUUUGAGGAAGAGUGUUUCUCAAGUCACUCCAGAAGAGAAACCCGAGGUCGUUAAACUGAUUAACGUUAUUAUCGAAGAGGGAAAUAUAUUCUUCGAGAAUCUCGUGCAGAUGUUAGAGAAGACUUACAAAUUUAAUACGGACGAUUACAUAAACGAUAAUCACGUUUUGCCGCCUAAGGGCCUGGGUUAUGUUGGCUUGGCUUUGAUCUCAGUACAGAAGCUAUAUGUUUUUCUCGGUGAUUUAGCAAGAUAUAAGGAACAAGUAAACGAAACUAACAAUUAUGCUAAGAGCAAAUUUUGGUACACAAAGGCUCAGCAAAUAAAUCCUAAAAAUGGGAGGCCAUAUAAUCAGUUAGCAAUAUUAGCUAUAUACGCCAGAAGAAAACUAGAUGCAGUCUACUACUAUAUGAGAAGUUUAAUGUCCUCAAAUCCAUUUCAAUCGGCACGCGAAAGUUUGUUAUCGUUAUUUGAUGAAAAUAGAAAAAAAUACGAAACUGCGGAGCGUAAGCGUCGAGCCGCGGUGGAGACGUCCAAGGGAGUUGAGAGUGGUGGAGAGGGUGUGGCGCGCGGGCCGGGGGCGGGGGCGGGGCUGCGGCGCGAGGUGUGGGUGCGUCCGAGCGGCCACCGCACUACCACAUUGCGGCACGCGCCCGAUGACACGCUGCAAGCUAUGACACCCGUUGAGUUGAAUAAGAAUUUCAUCACCAGCUACUUACAUGUACACGGAAAAUUAAUAACCAAAAUUGGCAUGGAGACGUUUCACGAGAGCGCGGCGCAAAUGCUACGUCAGUUCCGCGCCCUAUUGCACCGCCAACCGCUGCCCACGCCCGCAGCCCGUCUGCUACAGCUUACUGCCCUCAACAUGUUCGCCGUGGAGACAACCGCCGCAGCGCUUAAAGGUAGCAGCAAUGGCGGUGAGCGGUCCGCAUGGCUCGACUGCUCGCUUGGUAUUUCGCUGCUCAUGUUCGGCGCGCUGCUUGAACGAUGCUGCGCGCUGCUGCCUGAGCCCGCUCACACGCAGCAGUACGCCGAUGCGUUGCUCUUAUUACCUGCUAUCAAGGUGUGGUCAGAUUGGAUGCUAUGUCAUAGUAGUAUAUGGAAUCCACCGCCAACGUUUGAUAAUUUCGAAAUAGACAGCGAUAACGACCCGUGGGAUUGGCUUGCGAAGCUUAUGAAUAUACUCGAAACUCUCGAUGAUAAGUCCAUCGAUUUUGAAAGCGAAAUGAAAGAAGGUUAUGUAUCGAUACGACUGCCAGAAGACUCGUCGCUGGCUGGUUUCACGCCGCUAAUGUACAUGGAGGCCGCUGCAGCGUGGUUGCCAACAGAGCCACCGGUAGCGCCGCACACAGCUGAACAUGUGCUCAGAACCAGGAAAUUGCUCUUUUUCGGUACCGAGUACCUUGUAGGAGUGGAGCCGCCUGUUUUGAAGUUGGAAUAUCCCACCGGAGCGCAACCUCGUUAUGUUAGCGCCGUGCUUCGAAGUGAACCCAAAUUUCCACCUUUGCAACAACUAUCGGAAAAUUCUGAAGAUGACGGCAGUACAAGUGGUUUAACAAGCGGUCCGACAAGCCUUAGUGAAGAGUUACCCGAAGGUGCAGAUGAAGCCACGAGAAAAUUGCUCCGCAGGAAAGAACUACUCGAAUCUAGAAAGGCGACGCUCGACAAACGUCGUCAACGAAUGCAGGAGAUGCUGAGCAGCGGCUGGGUGAGCGCGGAGGUAGAAGUGCGCCCGAAAUGGCUCGUGCCCGAUACCAACUGCUUCAUCGAUCACCUGUCGCUGUUGAGAGCCGUACUCGCCACGCCCGACCAGCCUUAUCAGCUCGCUGUACCACUCGUCGUGGUGUCGGAGCUGGAAGGAUUGCGGCGAUGCGUUCGGUUAGGCGACGCGGCGCGCGAGGCGCUGGCGUGGGUGAUCGCGGGAGGUGGCGGCAGUGGGGGGGUGCGACUGGCCACAGCGCGUGGCUCUCUGAUGGCGACGCGUGGCGUGGCCUUCUCCGCGGAAGAGGACCAGGCGCGCGCCACCAAUGACGAUCGCGUGCUUGCCACCGCGCUCAACCUGCAGGCCAACAUCUCAACCGACAAGGAUACGCGUGGCACAGAGGCCAGCGAACCAUUGUGUGUGCGCGAAGUGGUGCUUCUGACGGAUGACCGAAACCUUCGCGUCAAGGCGCUCGCGGCCGACCUGCCCGCGCGGGACCUGCCUUCGUUCGUGCAGUGGGCCGGCAUACACGCGGAACUACCACCGGACGCUAAAGCUACAACUGGUAUUAAUACUCCGGAAGUUUGAAGCAAUUCGACGCAAUACUUUGAGCCUAUUUUAUUAGUACAUAUUAUUGUUAUGAUUUAUUUGUAUUCGACGCGAAUUCAUUAUGAAACUAGUUAGAUUAGACACGAAAAAAAUUUUUAGUCGAUGUCGAAACUCGUACUCUGCAAUCGACAGGACGACGCAAUAAAUGCGUGACACUCUAGUGUAGGAAUUGAAUAGAAUAAGUAAAAAUAAUACACCAAUAGAUUUAUAUAAUAUUAAUAAAUUUUGUUAAGAGCUUUAGGAUUCCACCUCCGUGUUCCUGAGCCACAUUUUUCAUUGUUAAUUUUAUUUUGUCACUUUUUAAAUUUUUUAUCGUAUGUAUUAAUUAUAGAAUUUCAAUAACUUGGUGUUUCUAAGCUAUAUCUAUUUACUUUUUUGUAAUAUAGUAAGUAUACUUUAAUUUUUUAAAGCUAGGUGAUAUUUUUUUAUCAAAUUCAUUUUUGACAUCGAGGGUCUUACUACCUUCGCUUAAGGCGCUACUUUUUUAUAAGUACAGCUUUACAUGGCAUACCUGAACACUCCUAAAAUAAGGAUUUUAAUUAUUAUUCAGAAAAAAGAUCGUCAUUAAUAUUCAAAUAAUACUACUUUAAGCGAAGGAACUAAGCUCCAAUUUUCUUCUAUUUCUUUAUAAUUGUUACUAUACAUUUUAUUACAGUUGCCACUAAUCCUAUUUUUUUUUCUAUCGUGU